GUGGAAUGCAUGUAUUAUUGACUAUGUAGAAUUUGCGGUAGUGAUCUAAAUCUAAAUUCGGAAGUGGAAGAUAUUACAUAUGCAUAUAAGGUGCACGUGCCGCCGUAUCUUUCCAACAGAUCUGAUAACACCCAGGCCGAUAUUAACAUCAAAUUGAAACAGGCUGAUUAGGAUUUGAUUCAUGACGUGAAAAUAACGUCAAAGGCUUCUGGGGGAUCUCAGUGAAUGUCUCAUUGGAGAUACUGCAGCACGGACCAUUUUCUCGUUUGCCCAUUAUGUAUUUCGAUCCAUCCAUCAUCUAGUCCUAUUCCCUACAUUUUGUAUUGCUUGACUUCUUUGCUUUGUCCCAAAAAACUACCUGCUAUUCUCGACACAAUAUAUUUCCUAUAGUAGACUUCAGUCUUGUACCAUUCCACCUGGUUAACAUGACAGACACCAACACAGAGUCGCUGCGACGGCAACAGCAGAUCAUGAUCCAAGCUCGCCUGCAACGGAUGCAAAUGAUGGCUGCUCAGCAACAACAACAGGAACAACAAAAGGAUGCUAUGAAAGCGAAUAUAAAGAGCAACUGCAGCGAUAAUAGUAGCAUAAACCUCCAAUCCCAAUCUCAAAUGAUGGGUACAGCGCAUGACGACCUCCCAUUUCAACCCGCGGACAUGAUCUUCAUUGACGUAGGCAUUCCAAAUUCCAAGUCGGCUAUUGCAGAUUCUUAUGAGACGGCGUGUAGAAAUGGUUCUCUUUCCACAGUCCAAUCCAUCAUAAGAGCUGAGAUCCGCACCCCUUAUUUUCUCAACCAUGGUCUUAACCUCGCUCUAAAAAUGGGAAAUGAUGAAGUUUCCAGACAUCUCUUGUCAUCUGGAGCGCCAAUUGCCCGAAUAACACCGGCUCAAAUACUAUCAGCACCUUCCUCCCGACAGAUUCCGCUGUUUGAAAUACUUUUUGAGUAUGGUUGGACGCCCAACGAUCCAGGCUUUUAUGGUCGAGUUCUCCUUCCCGAGAUCGUCACCAAUCUGCCUCUCCUCCGUUGGUUUCUCUCCCACGGAGCAAACCCGAACUUUGGUGCUCAACGUCUCAAUCACGAUCGAUUAGGAGGACCCGAUGUAGAUUCAUGCACUACUCUGGAAUCUGCAGCCCGUAAAACAGAUGUAGAGACUGUACGCCUACUUCUAGAACACGGAGCAAAGAUUGAAAAUGGAUUUCCUUUGCACUCUGCUGCAGGCUCAUGCCCUCCUGGAGCAAAUCCACAUGUGGCUCCUGUGACGCCUAGUACAGAAUUCGAUAUUGGUCGAGUUCCAGUAAUGGAAUUAUUGAUUUCUCAUGGCGCGGAUGUAAACCAGAAGGAAGAAUCAAGACAUAUGAUACCGGGAUAUCCGAUUGUGUAUGCAGUUAUGGCAGGAGCAGUGGAGAGAGUUCAUUGGCUGCUGGAACACGGCGCAAAUCCGGAGUUGAGAGGUUCGUACGGGAGUGCGGUGAGCUAUGUAGAAGUAAUGGGAAGUGAGAAGAUGAAAAGAGUCGUGGCAGAGGGAGUGAAGGCAAGAAAUUGGUCGAAAGAUCAAGAAAAAGAAGAGAAAGCUUCUCGAUGAUUAUGGCCAGGUUCAACGGUGGUUAAUUGAAGAGUACUUGCUCAUGUAUACCAAUUAUGAUAAAGAGGCGAUUCAAAAAAAGAAUUUAGACGAGAAAGAAAUGCUGCAUAUAGUUACUGCCUUUUCUCAAUGACAAAAAUGUUGAUCAAGUGGUAAAAAUACCUUACUUUUGAGUCGGGAAGUUUGAUAGCUUGGACUAUAGUCUAUCAAUCAAAGGCUUUGAGACAGUCAAACGUUUCGGAAUGUUAAAUUGACUACAAAUAUCA